GGUUAGAAUGAAAAAUGUAACGAAAAUUUUCGUCUAACUUAGGCAACUUCAAUUACAUCUUUUUUCUAAUAUUACUUAAAAAAAUUUUCGUACAACAUCAAAAGUGAUUAAAUUCGUUUUAAACCCAUUCAUUUUGUGGCUUUUCUGAACAUUAAGAGAAACCGGGGAGAGGUCAGUAAGUUUAAAAUAAAGCUAACGGUACGUUCCGUAUUGCCUCUUUUAAGUAGUGUUAGUUCGCUUUAAAACGAUGGAUCGAAAAGAUGCUUUGGAGUACGUUAAAAAAAUAUUUGAUAUCAUCGAAAUCGAAGGAGUAUUAAUCCCGGAAAAUAGCCCGGUGAUAAAUUUUAAGCAUCCUCAUGAAUUAUUGGAUGGUUUAUUAGAUUUAAAUUUAGGCGAACCAACACGAUCGAAAGAAAAUUUUCUACAAGAAAUCAAAAAAAUAAUUAAUUACAGCGUAAAAACGUGUCACAAACACUUUUAUAAUCAACUUUAUGGCGGUGUUGAUCUUUACGGUUUCGCUGGAACUUUAUUAGCCGAAUCUUUAAAUACAAAUCAACACACUUUUGAAGUUUCCCCCGUUUUUACUUUAAUCGAACAAGAAGUGAUUAAAAAAUUUGCAAACGUCGUCGGUUAUAAAAAUUAUGAUGGCAUUUUUUGCCCUGGGGGUAGCAUAGCUAAUAUGUACGGUAUCAUGUUAGCGAGAUACUUAAAGUACCCGGAAAUAAAAGAAAAGGGGUUAUUUGGAUGUAAAAAAUUAAUAAUUUUCGUUUCUGAAGAGGGGCACUAUUCCAUAAUAAAAUCGGCGAAUUGGUUGGGGUUCGGAACUGAAAAUGUUAAAAAAAUUAAAACGGAUAAAAACGGAAGGAUGUGUGUUAAAGAUCUCGAAGAGAAUAUUUUAAAUUGUUCUGAAAGUGAAGAUAAACUUGUCGUUAUAGCCACCGCUGGAACCACCAUUUUUGGGGCAAUCGACCCAAUUGAUAAAAUCCAAGAAAUUUGUAAACAAUAUAACAUUUGGAUGCAUGUUGAUGCAUCAUACGGAGGAAUACUCUUAUUAUCGAAAAACCACAAAUCGAAACUUAAAAACAUCCAAAAUGUGGAUUCAUUAGUAUGGAAUUCACAUAAAAUGUUAGGGGUCCCCCUUCAAUGUUCAUUAUUUCUAACAAAACAUUCAAAUUUAUUGAUGGAUUGCAACUCCGCUUCUGCUAAAUAUUUAUUUCAAAGCGACAAAAUGUACGAUACAAGCUUCGACACUGGCGAUAAAAGCAUACAGUGUGGGAGAAAAGUCGACGCUUUUAAACUUUGGACAACUUGGAAAUUACGAGGCGACCAAGGAUUAGAAAAAUUGGUCGACACCGCUGUUGAUUGUUCCAAUUAUUUUAAAAACUCCAUUCAAAAUAAAGAAGGAUUUAGACUGAUUAACGAAAACGUUGAUACAACUUCAAUUUGCUUCUUUUAUAUUCCGAAGAUUUUACGAAACGUUACUGAAGAUGACGAGUGGAAAUUGAAGCUAAAUUUAGUCGCACCAUAUAUUAAAAGCAAAUUAGUUCUUUCAGGAGAUUUAAUGAUAAGUUACACCCCCAUGGCUUCAAAAGGACUUUGCAAUUUUUUUAGAUUAGUUGUAACGUGUCAUCCGCCGAGAAAUUACGAAGAUAUGGAUUAUAUUAUUGAACAAAUUGAAAAUGUUGGGGAAAAAUUUACUUUAUAAUGAAAUAAAUAAUUUUUAAACCAAAA